AUGCAAUCACCCGUCGGAUCCCCAGCUCCUCACACAGCCAUACCCCGAUCUCACUCGAGUCAAUCCAUUCAUGUCGACCGCGAUAUCUCGGUCGUCUCUGGCCGGGCAAGUGGCUCCAGAGAAGUUAACAAGCACGCGAGGGGUUCCCGGACGCAAUCUGUAACGUAUGGACAGGAUAGGGCGCAAACCAGCCAUGGCUUCUCUUUUUCUCCCUCCCACAGUACCUCGUCGCCUCAAUUGAACCGGUGGAAUUCCGAGUCGAGGCUAUCAAUGAGGUCGCAACCUUCCUCGAGGCGUAACACUGCGGCGAACGUUGGUUCAGUACAUGUAGAGUUGUUACAGAGUAACAGAGAAAACAUGAAGGCAUUGUCUGAAUUUUUGAGAACUAAGGAACCACCACCCGAUAACUGGAUGUCGAUCCCUGACUCUGAUGAGACGAAUCACGGCUCAAUCAAGAAGUCGGCCUUGAAGAUAUUUGGGCGCAAACCCAAGAAACCGCAAAAGCUGCUCAAGCUGCCAGACACUGCCGUCGCUGCAAAAACUCUCGAAGGCUCUCGUCAUAUUGCAAUUUCGAUACCUCUUGAGUACGAUCACCUGAGCAAAUCCCAGCCACCGCAACGUUCAGGACAUUCUCCCAACAACUCACAAGCUAAAGUUAUUCCGCCACCCGCUCAUGUCACCGUUCUGAAGCCUGUUGUUGAGGGAAGGGAAUCCAAUUCAUCUCACCGAACAACCCCACCCAGGAAUCGCGAUGGGACACGAGAAAGCAGCCAUUCUCGACCACCAUCAGCGGCAACCCCAGCAGCAGAACUUCUGGGCGCCGAAACUACGCAGACCUUGGAAAACUAUUACACUCAACUCAACCGCCAGCAGAAGCUCAAGGAAGGCACCUCGGGAGUCAAGACAAGAGAAUCGUCAAGGUCACGGAGGAGCAGUCAGGGCCACGUCACUGUUUUUCCUCCCGAUAUCCUGCGGCCUGACAGUCAACGAACAGACUCCCGGCACUCAGCUGGUACGGUGUAUAGUAGCGCAUCAACUAUAGCUCCGCACAACCGGUCUCGAAGAGUAAGCAGUGUUUCGACGGCACCGAGCGUUGCUACGGCCUCUGUGAAAAUAGAUUUGCCAACCCGGAAAUCGAGUAUUUCCACAAUAUCUAAGACAGUCCAGACAGAGCUUGCUCAAAACUACGCCACAGCUGCAAAUGCCUCUCGGGAAGAUACCCCAACACCUUCUAACCUAUCUGAGAAGGCUGAGAGCCUUGCUUCCGAAACCUCGACGGUCGUUGGCACCGGAGAGACAGUACAGGGGUAUACCGCUGUAUCUGUUACUCACCUCAAAGGCCACACUCCGAAACACCUGAUCCCUUCUCCAGCUCCAACUCGGGGACUCCCCGACGUCCCAGAAAGUCCUUGCAUCCCCGACUUCCUGCCGUCCCCUUCGCCUCCCAUCAAUCGGCGAAGUAUCAUGAGCGGCCUAAUUGAUAACGUAUCCAAAACGGACUCAAAGCCCGUGGAAGGCAGUACAGAUGAGUCCAAUCCUGUCACGCUUCAAAGCCGGCAGGAGCGAGUCAAAGCACGAAAAGCAAGAGAUAUCGCGGCGCUACGAGAGAAGAGUAGCCGAGAGCCCCUUUCCGAUGCUGUUAGCACCGCAAACCGAAGUCGCGCAUCUUCGCAAACCACAAUCUCCCACUCUCCUGCUCGGCCUCAGAAGAGACGAAGCAUAUCUCUAGAGAGGUCGCAGCGAAGAAGUGGGAAUACCCUCUCCCCCAUAAUGCUCGUCGCGGAUCUCGCCCCUUACACAGGGACGGUAUAUCUAUCCGAGACCCCACCAAGCACAAGAGCAGCCAGGAAACGGACGAGUGAAGCCUCUCCAAAGCCGCACGCUGCGAAAGGUACAUACACACCACCUCGCUCCUUCACCUCGUCCUGCGGCUCAGAGUCUGACUCCACCCCCAAGAUGGGAAAGCGAAACAGGAGCCAGGUGCACCCGCCGCAAUCCCCUAGCGAUCAGGACCUCGAGGCGCGGCGGCGCGAGCGACGGGCGAAGCGGAACAUGUCGCUCCGCGAGCGCGCGGUCGAGGCCCGCCUACAGAGGAUCGAGCGCGAGAACGCCAUGCUGAUGAGCACGCUCGGCGGCAUCGCGAACAGCUUCGGGGAGCUGGACCGCCUGCUGCCCAAGCGGAGGAGGAGACCGGAUGGCCUGCUCGGCGGCGCGCCGGGGAUGGUGGCUGCUGACGGCUUGGUCGAGGAAGUGGUGCCGGUCAUGAGGGAGCUGCAAGCAGGCGCGCCAAGUGUGAGUGAGGAUGGUGGGGUCUCCAGCAGUGUAUGA